AUGGUGUCCUGGGAAACUCACCAGACUAUCGCCACGGCGUUCUCGUUUAUCGCUUUUGCUCUGGUUAGCAUACCUCUUUACUGGCAUCUGGAAGCUUGGAAUGUUGGAUGCGUUAUGUACAUAUUCUGGACCGGUUCGCAGUGCCUCAUCCAGUUCAUCAAUAUGACGGUCUGGAAAGACAAUGUCAUUAACUGGGUACCAGUUUGGUGCGAUAUCACGUCAAGGUGGCGGCUUGCCUCCGGCAUUGGGAUUUGCACUGCGUCCCUGAUCAUCAAUCGUCGUCUAUACAAGAUUGCGAGCGUGUCUGCCGUCUCCAUCACCCACGCGGACAAGCGUCGUAUGAUCUGGAUCGAUCUGGCGAUUGGUCUUGUCCCUUCUGCUGUGUGUGUCGGUCUCUAUUGGUUCUACCAGGGUCAUCGCUUCGACCUCUUCGAGGGCUACGGAUGCAUGUAUGAAUUCCCGAACACGAUCCUGUCUUACUUCCUCUACACGAUCUGGCCUGUUGUGAUUGGUCUGAUCUCCAUGGUGUACUGCAGCUUGACGCUGUACGCCUUCUACAAGAGGCGCAGACAGUUCAAGGAGCUCAUGUCCUCGAACUCCAAUUUGACCUACAACCGCUAUCUCCGUCUCAUGGGACUGGCCGGUAUCGAGAUGGUGUGCACAGUCCCACUCGGUGUCUGGAAUGUCGUCAAUUCGGCCGUGCAGCCCAUCUACAAGUGGGAAGGGCUAGCGAACGUACAUUACGAUUUCUCUCGCGUGGACCAGUACCCAACGAUUGUCUGGUACAACGUCCCGGCCGUUCGGCGGGCGAUCCAGUUCACUAUCUGGGAUCCGAUUGCAUGCGCGCUGCUGUUUUUCCUGUUUUUCGGAUGCGCGGAGGAGGCGCGGAAGCACUACUCGACCGCGCUGACCUCUGUCGUGAAGCGUGUUGGUAUUUCGACAAGCUUCCUCACGAGAACUGGCUCUGCUUCGAAUGCCUCAAUGGGUGGAUCGAAACUACCGUCGGGUGGCCUUGCUCGUGUCACUAUCCCGUCGUUCGUGCAGCGCAAGACAAGGAACGCGUCCGUCACGUCAUUCUCUGACAGAUUGUCUAUUUCGGUAUCCUUCGACGACGAUACGCCCAUCGACGAGUCCAAGAUCGCGUACUCGCCGUCGCAGAGCUCGGUAUCAAGCACGUACAUGGGAUCCCCAGUCAAGGCAUUAGACGCUGAGAAGGAGGCUGGUGAGCCAGCGUCACCAGUCUCUACCAACAAUGCCGAGGUCGCACAGGAGAUUGUCGCCAUCUCACGCCCAACACCGGACGUACCAGCACCUGUCUCGCACGAUGUGUCAGAUAUGGUCUAA